GUGUAUACCUACCUAAUCUAUGGUUGAGGCCAUUGCUCUUUGGAGCUUAAUAAAAUUGAAAAUAAUUAAGGACAUGGUAAUUAAUGGUAAACUCCAUUCCGUGUAGUAGGAAUUCCAAAGAAAUGUGAUUUUAUAUAACUGAAUCGAUAACUCGUACAAUAUGACACACAAACUUCAAGGAAACGUACACGAAAGCAAUCUAUUUCAAUCAAAAACAACCAUAUGGUGGAUCACAUUCAGUUUGCUUUACGGAGCAACCUUUCUGACAAGAUAUUACAAAGUUCUGGAGCCUGAUCAUGUAUGUUGGGAUGAGACACAUUUCGGUAAAAUGGCAAGUUGGUACAUAAACAGGACCUUCUUCUUUGAUGUACAUCCACCACUUGGCAAGAUGCUAAUAGCAUUGUCUGGCAAAUUAUCAGGGUAUGAUGGUACAUUUCCAUUUGAGAAACCUGGAGAUAAGUAUGAUGGUGCGAGGUAUCAGGGCAUGAGACUAUUUUGUACAACGUUAGGUGCUUUGGUUAUUCCCCUAACGUUUCUGUCGAUAUGGGAGAUGACUAAAUCAUUGGAAGCCACGUUCAUAGGAACGUUGCUCUUGUUGUGUGAUGUUGGCUUUAUGACUUUAAACAGAUACAUCUUAUUAGAUCCAAUCUUGCUGUUCUUCAUGAGUUGUUCAAUAUAUGGAUGCUUUAAGGUUUCUACUUUAACCAAUGACGGCUUACUCCCUUUUUCUCCGAGGAUGCUGUCAUGGCAAAUUUUCUUGGGUACAUCAUUAGCUUGCACGAUGUCCGUCAAGUUUGUGGGAUUGUUCGUUGUUCUAUUUGUUGGUCUACGGACAGUUGCGGACUUAUGGAAUAUUCUGGGUGAUUUAUCGAAACCUGUUAAAUUCACCAUCACACAUCUCAUUGUCAGAACAUUAACCCUCAUUGUGUGGCCAUUCGUUCUGUACGUGUUCUUCUUUUGGAUACAUCUCACGGUACUGAGUAAAAGCGGCAACGGUGACGGUUUCUACUCGUCCGGGUUCCAAGCGCGUCUCGAAGGGAACAGCCUGCACAACGCCAGCGCGCCGCGGGUGCUCGCUUACGGAGCUCUCGUCACUUUGAAGAAUCAUAGAACUGGCGGGGGGUACUUGCACUCACACCACCACUUGUACCCAGCGGGGGUGGGAGCGAGACAGCAACAGAUAACAACAUACACUCACAAAGAUGAGAAUAAUCGUUGGCAAAUAAAACCGUACAACCGAGAACGUGUCGAGGGGACGGUGGUGGUACGCAGCGGGGACCUGGUGCGCGUCACGCAUGCGCCCACGGGCCGCAACCUCCACUCGCACCGCGAGCGAGCGCCUCUCACCGCCAAACACCUCCAGGUCACCGGCUACGGGGAGGACGGCGUAGGUGACGCCAACGACGUGUGGAAGAUUGUCAUAUCGGGCGGUAAAGAUGGCGAAGAGAUCCAAACCGUUCGAAGCAAACUUAUGCUUGUUCAUUAUUUGCAGGCGUGUGUAUUGACGACAACAGGGAAGCAACUACCUAAAUGGGGCUACGAACAGCAGGAAGUCUCCUGCAAUCCCAAUUUAAGAGACAAGAACGCGCUGUGGAACAUAGAGGAUAACGUUUUUGAUGAUCUGCCUAAAGUGAGUUUCGAGUCUUACGCCUCUGGUUUCCUCGAACGUUUCUACGAAUCGCACGCCGUCAUGUUCCAGGGGAAUUCCGGACUCAAACCCAAGGAAGGGGAAGUCACCUCGCAACCGUGGCAAUGGCCCAUAAAUUACAGGGGUCAAUUUUUUUCGGGCAGCACUCACCGCAUCUAUUUAUUAGGAAAUCCAGUAGUGUGGUGGACGAAUCUUGCCUUUCUAAUAAUAUUCUUCUUGGUGUACAUCAUUAACUCCAUAAAAGAGAAGAGGGCAGAAGCUUUUGGUGUUUCUAGACAAGUUGGCGAAGGAAGUUUACUAUUGAACGCAGCCGGCUGGACGUUCAUAGGAUGGGCCCUGCACUACAUACCUUUCUGGGCUAUGGGCAGAGUUUUGUAUUUUCACCAUUACUUUCCUGCCCUAGUCUUCAGCUCUAUGCUUACAGGUAUCUUAACUGAAUAUCUUCUAAGCAGUGUGCGGAGUUACUUGAGUCCGGAACUGGGAAAGACUGCGUAUCAUUGCAUCAUAGGCGUUGUAAUAUCAACAACAGUGUACAGUUUCUAUUUGUUUUCACCACUAGCUUACGGUAUGAGCGGACCGUUGGCUAGUGAACCGAAUUCGACAAUGGCAGGCCUUAAAUGGCUUGAAUCUUGGGAAUUUUAAAUAGCAACGACUGAAUAAAAAACAUAAAUAUCAUCGAAGUUAGCUUUACAUAAAUGAAACUGAAAUACUCAAUUUUAUC